UUUCUGACCUUGUGUCCCCCCGCCUCGCCCUACACCAAGUUUUGGGAAGUGAUCAGCGACGAGCAUGGGAUCGACCCGGCCGGAGGUUACGUGGGCGAUUCGGCGCUGCAACUGGAGAGAAUCAACGUCUACUACAAUGAGUCAUCGUCUCAGAAAUAUGUGCCCAGGGCCGCCCUGGUGGAUUUGGAGCCAGGCACCAUGGACAGUGUGCGGUCUGGGCCUUUUGGGCAGCUUUUCCGGCCUGACAACUUCAUCUUCGGACAAACUGGUGCCGGCAACAACUGGGCGAAGGGGCACUACACAGAAGGGGCAGAGCUGCUGGUUGAUUCACUCCUGGACAUAUUGCGAAAGGAGUGUGAGCACUGUGACUGCCUGCAGGGCUUCCAGCUGACCCACUCCCUGGGUGGAGGAACAGGGUCAGGCAUGGGCACGCUGCUUAUCAGCAAAAUCCGAGAGGAGUAUCCUGACAGGAUCAUGAACACCUUCAGCGUGAUGCCCUCCCCCAAGGUCUCGGACACCGUGGUGGAGCCCUACAACGCCACCCUGUCGGUCCACCAACUGGUGGAGAACACAGAUGAGACGUACUGCAUCGACAAUGAGGCCCUGUACGACAUCUGCUUCCGCACCCUGAAGCUCACCACGCCAACCUAUGGGGACCUCAACCAUCUGGUGUCAGCCACCAUGAGUGGGGUCACCACCUCACUACGCUUCCCAGGCCAGCUCAAUGCUGACCUCCGCAAGCUCGCUGUAAACAUGGUCCCUUUCCCUCGCCUACACUUCUUCAUGCCUGGCUUUGCCCCGCUGACUGCCAGAGGCAGUCAGCAAUACCGGGCCCUCACGGUGCCAGAACUGACUCAGCAGAUGUUUGAUGCUAAGAACAUGAUGGCAGCCUGUGAUCCAAGACAUGGGCGCUACCUGACAGUGGCCACCGUUUUCCGGGGCCCCAUGUCCAUGAAGGAGGUGGAUGAGCAGAUGCUGGCUAUCCAGAACAAGAACAGCAGCUACUUCGUGGAGUGGAUCCCCAACAAUGUCAAGGUGGCCGUGUGUGACAUCCCUCCUCGGGGCCUCAAGAUGGCCUCCACCUUCAUUGGCAACAGUACGGCCAUCCAGGAGCUGUUCAAACGCAUCUCUGAGCAGUUUUCUGCCAUGUUCCGCCGCAAGGCCUUCCUGCACUGGUUUACUGGAGAGGGCAUGGAUGAAAUGGAGUUCACAGAAGCAGAGAGCAACAUGAAUGACCUGGUGUCGGAGUAUCAGCAGUAUCAGGAAGCUACGGCCAAUGAUGGCGAAGAAGCUUUUGAAGAUGAUGAAGAGGAGAUCAAUGAAUAGAGGAGCGUCCCUGUCUCAGAUACAAUUCAGAUGUUCUUUCUUUAACUCUGGUGUCUUAACUCUAAUGGCCACCGAAUGGUGUGCUUGUCUAAAUAUAUGGGUACAGGCCCUCCUAAAUGCAAUAAAAUUGUAGUUUUGGUCAUCUGGAAUAAAGUACAUUAAAUAGAGAAUUGGCAGUCUUACCCAGUCAGAUCAGACUAGGAAGAUAAUUCUAUUGGAGGACUUGGAAGAACUAAUGUGCCAUCAAUAAAGGGCUAAAUAAACCACGCCUUCUAUAAAGUGUUCAACCAUGUCUGAAAAUUAGCAGAGAAGUUAGAAAGUUUUCAUUCUUUGUGAUGAAACCUGAAGCUGAGCAUUUUGCCUGACAUCAUAUAUGCAGUAUUAAACUUUGAAACAAUUUAGUCACAAUAAAACCUUUCCCUUGUCUCUUCCA